UAUUCAAGGCACACAGAAGUGUUGUACACUUGCUGACACUCCCCGAAAACUAAAAAGUUUGCUUUGAGGACCGAGUGGGAGACUACCAUGUUCAAGCUUUGACAUUGGAUGCAGACUGUUGUCAUUAGGUCUUGAAUAUAAAAGAUGGCAGCCGCAAGGGUAAAAGCACACAGCCGUGCGGGGACUCUGCUUCGGAGUAGAUCAGAAGGGACGCUGAUAGACCUAGAUGAGAAUGUGACCAUCAACAACAACAGCCUUCAUGGGAGCUUUGCUCAUCAGAUUGAUAAAAUCUCUGAGUGGCAUGCCUUACCGAAAGAAAGUGAAAAACCGAAACAAACUACCAACCCCUUCUGGAAUCAGCUGGCCCGAUCCAAUCCGUUCUUAAAUGAUAUUGUCCACACGAGCACUUACGAUUCUGGAGUUUCCAUGCUGAAAGAUGAUCCCUUAAGAGUGUGCGAUGAUAACAACGAUGACACUGUCAGCACAUCCUCAGAUGAAACGAAUCUUAUAGCGCCCAGACAAAGCGAUUUAAAUCGAUCUGGAAGGUGGAGAAGUGCCUCAGACAUUCUUGACAACCUUGAGAAAAAGGAAACCGUAAGGAAGAGACUCAACUCUCAAGGAUCAUUCCUCAAGCCUGAUUUUGAGUGGCUGAAAAAUGACAGGGAAGCUUACAAAAUGGCUUGGCUUAGUCAUAGACAACUGACCCGAUCGUGCUUGGAUCUCAGUUUAAUGAAGCAAAGUCCUGGAUGGGCCCAGACUCAAGCCACCGACAUUCAAACCGUCUGCAGGAUUGACCACCAUGGAGGCUCUGUUAAGUUGCCAGAAACUGACAUCACUGCUCACAUUCCCCAGGGACACAUCGCCCCAGGUGAGGUGCAAGAAAUUGGCCUUAAAGUUCUCCACGAUCCCCCAACAGGAAUUAACAACAACUACACAACAACCCUAAGCCCUCUUUUAGAAGUCACCCUCAGCAACCUUAAUGUUUCUGGUGGCAUUUCCCUAGAGAUGAGAAUGGCUGCCAAAGUUAAAAAUGACCCUACAAGUCACGUUAUGACCUCAUUUCUAGGUCUAAUUUCUCAAAGAAAAGAAGGACCUUAUCAGAAGUUAAAAGACUGUUACAUAUACAACGAUAUGUUACAAAUGAAGCUCCUAGAUUUGAAACCUCACAUGUAUGUCAUUUCUGCUGCCGAGGCUUCUGUUCUGGAGCCACCUGCUAAGUCAAUAUGGGAUUACUUGGAUCGCUACGUCACCGUGGCCGUCUACGGUCCCAAGCACAUACACCCAUCUCUCAAAGUGAUGUUGGUCAUCUCCUGCCACAAUAAUCUUCCUCCUAGGCUUCCGUUCUCUGACAUGCAUCGGGGUAACAAGAACCUUCCCCCUGUCGUCUUGGAGCUUUGGGGAAAGCAUCAACUGAACCCACUUGGUCUUAAAGAUCUUCACAUAACCUCCAGAGUUUUCGAUUUAAACUUCGAAGUGAAAUCAGUGGAUCAGAAUAAAGUGGUCAAGCAGGAGCAUCUUAAAGCUGGAAGAGAGCUGCAUCUACCAUUAGAGCUGGUCAAGGUGGGAGGAGGUGACAUGAGUCCUUUCAAACUUAGCAUUGAGGUAAAGGACCCAGAGAGUUUUGCUUUGGGAGACUUUUACGUUACCUCCCCCGAUGCUGCCCCUCUGAGGUCAGACAAACAUGCUCAUAGGCGGUCGGAAUGGCAGAGGGAAAAGACUCUUUCCAUGCCCAUUCCCGAAGAAUCUAUCCCGGAAAUCCUUCCUCAGAAAUUCCAAGACCGAACUGUGAAUUUGCAGUGGUAUGGGGUCGCGCUCAAAUCAAUUCUCAGACAACCAAGAGUCGAAUAUCUUCUGGAAUACUUCAAAGGUGAUACUGUUGCUUUGCUCUCUAAGGAAACCGUCAAAUCUAUAGGUCAGAUGAAGGUUAAGGAGUGGUACAUUGGCUUUCUUCGAGGAAGGAUCGGCCUCGUGCACUGCAAGAACCUAAAGGUCAUAUCCAAGGAUCAAGUCAUUGACUUCACCGGAAUCAAGCUCACCACAUAUGUUCUUUUGGACAAUAUGACAUUUCCUUUUAAAAAACUGACAUAUAUGUACUCCGCCAUUCAAACGCUGGUCACAGAGCAUGUCAAAUGUUGGAGAAGCUUUGCCGAAGCUCUGGGUUACUCGGAAGUCUCAAUUGAUGCCAUCUCCAGGAGACAUGCUGAAACGGAGGCAGAGAAGGUAGCGUGUGUGCUUGAGAAGCUGAAGGAAGAUUGUCACGCCGAAAAGAUUAAGAAAAAGUUUCAGCAUGAGCUCAUUACUGGAUUGUUUAAGAUGGAUGCUCAAGGCCUAGUGGCCCAUCUCAUUCAAGAUAUAGUGAUCUUGUCGACAGCAGUGGAGCUUGGAGUCCGAUGGAGGGAACUCGCAGAGCGACUCGGAAAGCUCUCGAAUGCCCAAGUUGCUGCGUAUGAGGCUCCGCACAGAGGGAAAAAUGGAGAUGUUAGCACCCAGUCCAUGUGGAAGCCUGCAUAUGACUUCCUGUAUGCCUGGAGUAAGCAGUACGGGGACGGCUACAGGGAUAUGAUCCAGGACCUUCACCUCGCCCUCGAUAAGAUGAAGAGCCCAGUGACCAAGCAAUGGAGACAGAUCACUGGAGCUCUCAUGACUGUCAACUGUAUGGAGAUCCUAAGGGCAUCGGCCUUUCACCGAAAUUAGAGGUGCACUCAUGGACCACACACACUAACAUAUUGAGGUGAACCUGCUGAGUUCAUCAUCAUUAUAACUGCCUUAAUAUUUUUUUUUAUGUGACAAAAUAUCCACCAUUGAUGGCAUUUGCUCUUUAAAAACAAGUACUGAAUUUUGUUACUGUACCUGUCUGUAUUUUAUACGUGUUGUGUUUUAUAGGAGCGCUGGAAUGGAGUAGUGUGAAAAAGUUUGUCUUAAUGUUAACAAAGUCCUUAAAUGCUUGUAAAAAAUUGGAAGUCAGCAACACUAUUUCAUAUUUGUAAACUAGGCAAAGGUCACUUGGUUUCUAUGUCUUGUAUUUUAGUUAAUCUGUGUAACAAAACUUGUAAAUGUGUGUAUCUGUUUUAAGUCACGUGUGGAUUAUUUGAUGCAAGUGUUACAGUUUGUGUAUUUUGGCCCUUGUGGAUUCGUUGUAUCAGCCUGUUGAUAGUUUUAGUAUCAGAGGUUGUACCAUUAAAGUAGGUUAUCAUCUAAUAUCUUGUUAUUCUGAAGUAUAUUGCAUAACACUGAAAAUUUGUAUUUAUUUUUAUAUUCUGUGUGCGUCUAAUUGUUAUUUUAAGUAUGCAACUACAGUGUUUAAAAGUCCAUGUUUAAUCUUCGAACUGUCUUUAAAAAUAUAUUUUGUAUUGCUGUAUUUUUCACACAACUUUCUUUAAAAAAAACCUCUUGUUUGUAAAACUUAAAAUAGCACCACUGAUGUCAUGAAGGAGCUCUAUAAUAAAGAGCGAAAAUAUCAAUAAAUAUAUAUUGUGUAAAACUGAAGGUAACACUGCUUGACAUUAUGCCAGUUUCUGUCAACUUUUGUGUUGAA